GAACGGAAAGCAUGUGCUCGUCACCCACACCAUGAAGCCGAAGGAGGGCUGCGACUAUUCGGCGACAGCGGCCCGCUUUGCUGCCAAGUCUUUCUUGAACACUUCAGGCACUCCGAUCCGCGUCUCCGAUGUCAAAGUCUAUCAUGUCGACCCGCAAGGUUUGAAAAUGAAGACAGCAUACCCUGUCCAGGGAUUUGGCCAGGACAGGAGCUCUUCUUCCUCGUGGUUCAACUUGAGCCUUGGACAAAAGCAAAGCGGGUUGGAGGACGUACAGCACAGCCAAAUCUCGGACUUCUACCUUCCUCCCAGCUUUCUGCGUCUCUAUGAUGGGCCCGCCUCGAAAGUCGGGGGCACUUGGCGCAUUCUCGGCCGUCAUGUGAACCAGAUGUACUCCCCUCCGGUCAGCUCAGCGAAGUCGAGACAGCAACCGAGCCAGCUGCGGCAAGCUAAAGGCCCAGCACGCUAUGCUUUGUGGCAAGGUGGCGAGUUCUUUCAGAAUACGUUGCAACAUGGCGGGAGCAGUCCUGAGACCAAGUGUAUUCCCGAGGUAUUGCAGUCGAUGGAAGCAUGCAUCAAGCAGAUGGGACCAGGUAAGGUAGACGUUGCCGCAGAUGAUGCCGGCAGCCAGAUGACAGAUCCUGGCAGGUAUAUCCUGUCCCAGUUUGGACCGCUCUCAAAGACGUGUAUGGCCUUGAUGGAAGGCUAUGUUGCCGGAGACUCCGCCAACACGAGAUCUGGUACUUUGCCCGUCACAGACAUGGAAUUCGAGCGCGGCUACAUGGCAUUUGUUCACACAAAGCUCUCUCGAGUCAUCGCGGUGUCUGUUCCUCGGGCUGAUGCUGCCAAACGCUUUGGCAAGGUGGUGAAAAAACACAUAGAACUUGUCCCCCCGCAUGAUGCCAUUGACGGCCUGCUUCACGUCGAGGAAUGGGAAGGAGCGGAGCAUGCAGUACCCAUCAUCUCCAGCAGCACUACCGCUCUGCAUUUGCCUGGCAUCUUCGAGAAGUUGGGCCAUGCAAACGUCAUCUUGACCGCGGGCAGCGGCUGUUUUGGCCACAAGGGCGGUCCAACGUGUGGUGCCCACGCCUGUCAGCAGGCCGAGGAGGCAUGGAAGGCCUGGAAGUCCGGCAAGUACGGAGACAUGAGCCUGAGUGAUGCAGUCAUCGAGUUUGCCCAGACUCAUGAGGAGCUCAGGGGUGCUUUCCUGACCUUCCAGCAGGAUGCCGACCGUGUUUAUCCCGGCUGGCGGGAGAAGCUGAGCAGCGCAGGAAUGUCGCCCCUG